CAAGGACUCAGCCUACAUGGGGCACACACUACUGGGUGAGCCAGAGGUCGCCCCACUUUCAUGCAAUUUUAAGUUGACCUGCAAGACUCUUACAUGGUGAAGUUGGAGACGUAGGCUCCCGCGGGGAUCUGAAACUGGAAGACGCCCUCGGCAGCGGCGGAGUGCCGGUUGAGCAUGGCGCAGUACACCGCGGUGAAGGCGUAGCGGGAGAUUAUGGUGGUCUUGAUGGAGAGUUCCUGGAUGUGCGGUUUAGUCUCCUGCAGAGGCCUGGAAACAUGAGGCGUCUGCUGCUGCUACUUCUGGGGCUCCUGCUCCUCCAACAGGGCCGCUGCUUUGAGUUUGUGAUCGAUGGAGAAUGGGAGGAAGAGACGUCAGAUAUACGGGACCAUCGGGAGAGACACAAGAGAGCGAUAUUGACCAGCGAGGAGCAGGAAGACUUUGAGGCCAUCCGUGGAGAUGACAUCACCGUCAAGAGCUACAAGGUGGAGAGCCGCAUCACGUCGCGCUUCGCCCACACCACCGUCAGGAGCUCGGUGGUCAAUUCGGGCUCCAAAGCCCAGAGCAUCGGUUUCAACGUCCAGAUCCCCAAACGAGCUUUCAUCAGCAACUUCACCAUGAAUGUGAAUGGGAUCACAUUUGUGGGCUCAGUGAAGGAGAAGACAGUGGCCAGGAACCUGUACGCCCAGGCCAGAGCCAGAGGCAAGGCGGCGGGCAUUGUCAGGGCGAAUUCCCAGGACAUGGAGACGUUUAAGACAGAAGUCCAUGUUCCACCCGGCAGUAACAUUGAGUUUGAGCUCCACUACCAGGAGAUGAUGCACAGGAAGCUGGGUUUCUACGAGCACUCCCUGUACCUGCAGCCCGGGAGGCUGGUGCCACAGUUCCAGGUGGAUGUGUACAUCUUUGAGCCGAAGGGAAUUUCCAUGGUACAAACACCAAACAGCCUUGGAGAGCAGUUUGCAGGGAUGAUCAAAGUUACAUCAUCCAAACAGAAGGCUCAUGUUGUCUUCAAGCCCAACCUCCAGCAGCAGAGAAAGUGUGACAACUGCACUGGAAGCGCAAUAGACGGCGUCUUUAUUGUCCAGUAUGAUGUGACCAGGGACAGCAACGCCGGUGAACUACAGGUGUCAGAUGGCCACUUUGUCCAAUUCUUUGCUCCUUCCAACCUCUCGCCUCUUCCUAAAAACAUUGUGUUUGUCAUUGACGUCAGUGGAUCCAUGUGGGGAGUCAAGAUGAAGCAAACAGUGGAGGCCAUGCAGGCUAUUUUGGAUGACCUGACCAUAGAUGAUCACUUCAGCAUCAUCGACUUCAACCACAAUGUGCGUUGCUGGAGCGAGGAGCUGGUCGCCGGCUCCUCCAUUCAGAUCGCAGAUGCCAAGAAAUACAUCCAGAACAUCAAACCCAACGGAGGUACCAACAUCAACGAGGCACUGAUGAGAGCAGUUCAGAUGCUGUUGAAGGCGUCCAAUCAGGGUCUCAUCGACCCUCGCUCGGUCUCCAUGAUCAUCCUGGUGUCUGAUGGAGACCCCACUGUGGGUGAGAUCAAGCUGAGCACCAUCCAGAAGAAUGUGAAGCGGGUGAUGAGGGAGGAGUUUUCUCUCUUCUCGCUGGGCAUCGGCUUCGACGUGGACUAUGACUUCCUGGAGCGUAUCGCCAUGGAGAACAGGGGCAUGGCUCAGAGGAUCUACGCCAACCAUGAUGCUGCAGAGCAGCUACGGACCUUUUACAGCCAGGUCUCCUCUCCUCUGCUGCGGAGGAUCACCAUUCAGUUCCCAGAGGACUCGGUGUCAGACGUCACCCAGAACCACUUCGAUAAAUACUUCAGCGGCUCCGAGCUGGUGGUGGCCGGGAAGGUGCUGCCGUCCGAGAGCAACACCCUGACCAGCUUCACCACCGCGUCUGCCGCCCGGCUGGACAUCACCCUGGAGACAGAGGGGGACUACGCGGAGCUGGACACGGAGCUGGCCAAGCAGCAGCACUCGUUCACAGGCUUCGCCAGACAAAUGUGGGCCUACAUCACCAUCAAACAGCUGAUCUCUGAAAGGUCUCUGGCUCCCUCGGCUGCCAGGAAGAGGAAGAUCACCCAGCGGAUCAUGUCGCUGGCCGUGGAGCAUCAGUUCGUCACUCCUCUCACCGCUCUGCUGGUGGAGAGCGAGGACGCCAAGGAGAGGCUGCUGGCCGACUCCCCGAAGGACCCCAAGCAUGGCUGCUGCUUAGGAGUAGGAAUUGGAGGAGGCCCCAGUGGUGUGCCUCCGGUGAAUGUGGUCUACCAGCCUCCACCCUGGGUCCUGUUGACCACUCCGGCCCCCCCGAGUCAGGUGGCCAAGGGCCCAGAGGAGUGGACCUUGCCUCAACAAGUCAACUUAGUGGAUAACGACCCUCACUUCAUCGUCCACCUGCCCAGAAGCAACAUGGACGUCUGCUUCAACAUCGACUCCACACUGGGCCACAUUCUCAACCUGGUGUCUGACAGUGGAACAGGUGUGGUGGUAAACGGUCAGUUGAUCGGCUCUAAGCAGACACACAAAAGCAAACUGAAGACCUACUUCGGCACCAUCUCCGUCUACUACCUGCCUGAUGGAGUCAGCGUGACCAUCGGCACAGACAGCAUCGCCCUGACUGACGGCAGGAGCAACCACUCCUUCACCUGGGGGGCCACGGCUGAAAUCACACAGGAUGGUGUGAGGAUUUCCAUCGUGAAGAACUCUCAUGUUUCCAUCGUCAUAAAUGACAACAUCCAAGUGAUGGUGUUACUUCACCGUGUGUGGAAGAAACAUCCAGUCAACGUUGACUUCCUCGGUAUCUACAUUCCCAACGACAACCAGUACUCCCCUCUGGUCCAUGGACUCAUAGGUCAGUUUUCCAGAGAGCCUGAUGUGAGAGUGUAUGACAUGCACGAAGGGGUCGACCCUCUGAAGAAGGAGGCCACCAUGGAUGUGAAGGGCAACAAGCUUCUCGUCACCAGGGGCUGGCAGAAGGACUACAGGCGCGAUAAGAGGCGCGGCUCAAACGUCUACUGCUGGUUCAUACACAACAGCGGGAAGGGCUUCAUCGACGGCCACUACACCGACUACAUCGUCCCAAAUCUCAACAGCUUCCUGCAGACUCUCUGAGCAGCCAGAGACACACAAGUACCCUGUGCUGCUAUUAAUCCCCUGGGUCAGUGAGAAAAUGAGACCCAUUUUUUAAAAAUUGUAAAACAGGAGCCAGAAGAAAGAGGGGAACUUUGUGUACAUCUAACUUUCCUGAUUUUAAAAUGAUAAAAUGCUUCAUUCCCAAUUUCUUUCCAAAAGAAAACACUAGAAGUCACUUUUUUUCUGUAGAGUUUAUUUGGACAAAAUGUACAUCUGCAAUGUUAAGAUCAACUUGGUUAUUAUUACAAAAUAAAAAAAACUAAUUGAA